AGCGACGCGCCGGCGCACUAGCGCGGAAGAUCGCGGAAGUGGUGCGCCAACGACCCGCCAGACUCAAAGCCGUUCCAGCAAGCCCAGUACUUUCCACAGUCGGACAUUUGUCCGUGAAGCAUCCCCUUGUCAUGAGGAUUGUCACGUAGGAGCUAAAGUCAGAGAAAGUGAACAGAAUUCUCGAAAGUGCUAAUUAGUUUUAAAAAGGAACAUAACAGCCAUUAGUAAACAUACAACUCAGCUGGUAGAAGCAGUAGUCCAAGCAUUCAACAGAAUAGCAGCCAUCUUGCCUAUUCGAAACACUGAUCAGUGUGUAAUUAACCAAAAAAAAGGAAGAUUCCGAGAGAGUAAUACAGAAUAAAAAUCCCCAGCUCAGCAGGACACUACUCUCUCCAAGAUGUACAGAACCAAAGUGGGCUUGAAGGACCGGCAGCAGCUCUACAAGCUCAUCAUUAGCCAGCUGCUCUACGAUGGCUACAUCAGCAUUGCUAACGGCCUCAUCAAUGAAAUCAAGCCUCAGUCUGUCUGUGCGCCUUCAGAGCAGCUCCUGCAUCUCAUCAAACUGGAACCCGAGGUCAUGAUGAACGAGACUGCACAGCAGAACAUGGAGAACCACCCAGUGAUUCGGACUCUGUAUGACCACGUGGACGAAGUCACGUGCCUGGCCUUCCACCCGACGGAGCAGAUCCUGGCCUCUGGCUCCAGGGAUUAUACUCUUAAGUUAUUUGACUAUUCCAAACCAUCUGCAAAAAGAGCUUUCAAAUACAUUCAGGAAGCAGAAAUGCUGCGCUCCAUCUCUUUCCACCCCUCCGGAGACUUCAUCCUUGUUGGCACGCAGCAUCCCACUCUGCGCCUUUAUGACAUCAACACCUUUCAGUGUUUCAUCUCUUGCAAUCCUCAAGAUCAGCACACUGAUGCUAUCUGUUCUGUGAAUUGCAAUCCCAGCGCCAAUAUGUAUGUGACUGGUAGCAAGGACGGCUGCAUCAAGCUAUGGGAUGGCGUUUCAAAUCGAUGCAUCACAACUUUUGAGAAAGCACAUGAUGGUGCUGAAGUCUGUUCGGCCAUUUUUUCCAAAAAUUCUAAAUAUAUUUUGUCAAGUGGAAAAGAUUCAGUAGCUAAACUCUGGGAGAUAUCAACAGGACGAACGCUGGUCAGAUACACAGGUAUGUGAGAAGCUGCUGGUGCU